AGCACAGUUUGCUCGGAUGGUUAAUUUACACCAUCAUUUAUAAUCUUAUUUUUUUUUUUCUACUGUGCAUUUUUUGUAGUAUGUAUCUACGUUUUAAGUCACACUGCUGCUACCCAUCCAUCAUCCAUGGAUACAUACGAAGCUACCAAGAUAGUUUUCUCCAGGGUUCAGAGCUUGGAUCCGGAAAGUGCAUCCAAAAUCAUGGGUUACAUUCUGAUUCAAGACCAGGGCGACGAGGAGAUGAUAAGAUUGGCCCAUGUUCCCGACACCCAUCUCCUCUCACUCAUCACUCAGGCCAAGGAUUUCCUCGGCCUUUCCUCUUCCAACUCUUCAUCUUCCCAUUCUGCCCCUUCUUCGCCUUCCCCCUUCAGCCCCACCACCAAGUUCGGCCCUUUCACCCACUCUUCGUCCCCGAGGAUCACGAUUCCCAGCAACGGCUUCCCCCACUCCUCGUCGCCGUCCUCUCUCUGGUCGCCCUCCGCCGGCUCCCCGGCGUUCUCCAGAGCCCAUCUCUCCUACGCCGCCGUGGUGAACGGUUCCACAAACCCUGCUGUCUCCGCCUCCCCCGCUCACGCUCCCUACAAUGGCGACCCCGCCGACCACCAGUUUGAGCCGAUAGUGAGCCCCACCGGAGGAGGGAACUCCAAGACCGAAUCUCUGAUUUUCCCGUACGAGGAGACCCCCGACCCGCACCACCAGCUGCAGCACCGGCGGCGGUUCUCGAUGGGGGAUGGAUCAGAAGACGGCUUGAGGCCUUGCAUGUACUUGGGUAGUAGAGGAGGUCUCUGCAAGAACGGGAACACCGCCGGCUUUACUGACUCGCCUGACGGCGGCUCCGCCUCCUUCAAUUUUGUUGGUUCUCCGGGCAAAAUGGAUUCGGCCGCCUUUGAGGAGCUUGUUCGGAUAAAAGCCCUUCAGCACCAAAGGUUUUCACAGCUCAUGGCUUCUGGCGCUCACCAUCCCUUCUCCUACAACAACAAGUGCAUGAACAUUUUGAACGAUAAUCCGAGAUCCCCUCCGGCUGCAUUGAUGGUAGGUGAAGAGCUUCGCAAAUUUGGACGAUGCCGACCAGAUGCCAAUGACUUUUCCGGCUUGGGCUUGGGCGGAUACUCAAAUUCUUGCUCCCGGCAAAUUUACUUGACCUUUCCUGCAGAUAGCACAUUUAGCGAAGAGGAUGUUUCUAAUUACUUCAGUUUGUAUGGGCCAGUGCAAGAUGUUAGAAUUCCGUAUCAGCAGAAGCGAAUGUUUGGUUUUGUCACAUUUGUCUACCCAGAGACGGUGAAGCGCAUAUUGGCUAAAGGGAAUCCACACUUUGUUUGUGACUCUCGUGUGCUUGUUAAACCCUAUAAGGAAAAGGGGAAUAUCCCAGAAAAGAAACAACAGCAUCAACAUCACCAUAUGGACAGGGGGAAGUUUUCAACAUGCUUGAGCCCAUCCAGCCUUGAUUCCUUGGAGCCUCAUGACCUUCCUUUUGGACCAAGAAUGUUUUACAAUUCACGCGAGGCAAUGCUUAGAAGAAAAUUAGAGCAAGAUGCCGAACUGCAGCAGGCCAUUGAGCUUCAAGGAAGAAGGCUGAUGAACAUGCAGUUUGUGGACCAGAAGAAUCACCAUCAUAAUUAUCCCCAGUUCCAGCCAUGUUCAUAUCCUGGUGGUUCGGUUCCUUCUUUGGGCAGCUCUCUAUCACAAUACCAUAAUCUUGUCCCAGAAAUGAAUGCCGACCACCAUGUGAAGCUUCCAUGGGAACCAACUGAAUCCCAGGAGAAUGAGAGUGGAAAUGAAGAUAGUAUUGGAAAGGACCAAAUGCCAAAUCUUGAUGCCCUUGGAUUGAAUGUCAGCUUGGAUAACAUACUUCCGGAUAGCCUCUUUACCUUCCCCGCGAAAGAAACUGUGGACGACCUUGGUUCUUCAUCUGCACCAGCAGAAGCAGAUGAUAGUUCCUCAGCUGCACCUUCCAAUGACAUCCCUAUUCAAGCUGCUUCUUCCACCCUCAACAUGCCUUCUCUUCAAGCAUGUUCCCUGAAGAUGCCAAAGCUAACCUCCGGCCAAGAAGCCAUCGAAGUGUAGGCAGUAGUAGGCUUGAGCAUGAAAGCUGACUUGUAUAUCCAUAACAGAAGAAAAGAUCUGCAAGGAGGAUCUGUUUCAAGACUUGUUUCAACAUCAAUAGGAUAAAUACUACUGGCAAUGAUACAUAAUGCAUAUGUAUAGGACAGAUGAACUGGUUUAAGGGAGUAGGAUCCCUCUCUAGAUCCCAUGGUCAGUCAAUCUCUGCAGCAGUGAAACAGAAAGCCCUUACAUGGUGGGACUUGGGAGAUUUCACAGGCUGGACAUUUGAGGUUCCGGGCCCCACUCUCACAUGGCUCCUUACACCACUUUUGAUGGUAUAUGUUUUUAACUUUUAACCACUGCGGGAAAGUUUGACCCUUGCAUGAUCUCUUUUUUUACCAUCGCAUGACUUCCUUCCCUACAUGUUAACCGCUAGAUAUACGGAGUACUUUUUUUUUAUAAAUAAUAUAGGGGUACUGUUCUU